AACAAAAUGGGUGAUAGCCGACCUUCCGUGCGCUGGCAAGGGCAUAAUGGCGUAUCUCACAUUUUGGAAACGACUACUUUGAAAUAAUCCAUACAUUUGCCUUGAAAGCAUUGCGUUUUUGGAUUAUUGGAGAGAUAUUAAAGAUCACCAGCGUAUUUUGUAGAUAUAUCAGGACUGUAGUUAUUCUUUGAUAUACAAAUGUAGUUAAUAAUAUUUCUUCAAAAUGGCGCUCGAGUUGUCUGUUAAGGCCGUGGUGGUCACAUGCGCCAGUCAGAGAGAACGCUGCAAUUGAACAACCAUGUACAUCCAUGGGAUUAAAAUAAAAUGGCACGGUUAUAUUACAUAAAAUAAUAUAUACAAAAUAAAAGAUUUAUCGAUGAUUAAACUUAGAUAUAAAAUGUCACGCUUUGAUACGGCUACACCGCUGGUUGAUCUUUCACCUUUCACCUACAACCCCACUGUGACAGAAAAAAUGGCCGCCUCCUUCCAUCGCUUCGCUAAGAUUUUGUGCGGUCUAUCGCCUUCCAUUUUCCAUCCAAUACGCCAGUAUAAGUCCUGUCUACAGAGGCUCCCUGGAAGAACAUGCCCAUGCCCCUCUCCAUUUACACCUCCAAGGCUCACUCUCUGCAAUGCAGCAUCACUCCAGGACGAGGACGUUGCUCAGGCUGCUGAGGCUCUCUCCCUCUACAAGGACAGACCCUGGGAUUACCUGGAGAGUGAAGACUAUAUUGAGAGGUAUGGAGCCAGUCCAGUAUGGGCAAGCUACAGGAGGAACCACAAAGGAGGCAUUCCCCCACAGAAGACACGCAAGACCUGCAUUAGAGGAGACAAGAUAUGUGGAAACCCCUGUCCAAUUUGUCGGGAUGCAAACGUUAUUAUCCACCAUCAGAAUGUGAAAUUGUUGCAGCAGUUCAUUAGUCCCCACACUGGAAUGGUGUAUGAUCCAACUCGAACUGGUGUGUGUAUGAAACAGCAGAAGAAGCUAAAUGAGGCUAUCAACACAGCACGAGAUCAUGGCUUACUUCCCUUUCAGAUUCCAUAUGUGAAAUUUUCAGGAGAGAACUUCUCCAAUUCCCAUGACGCUGUGGGGUCCACACCACCUCCCCCAUCAUUAACUUCUGGUGACACCUGGUAUAAAUGGUACGGUGAAAUAAUGCCUGAUGAGAACGAAGUGGCUAAAGUCAAGAAGACAUACAAGAAUUACUUAAAGUGAUGAUUUGCUAUUCAUAUGUAUAAGUUUUAUGGACCAUGUGAAUUUCCACCGUAUUUUCAUAUCCCACGUGUGCACAUAAAAAUUGCAAAAUAAACCACAUGAUGAAAA